GCAGUUUCCAGAUGCAUGCAGAGGAACUCAGAGACACAAGUUGACCGUAGGAACACAGAUCACGGAUUACAGUUUUCUGAGUGGACGUGAAUUUUGAGUUUUCAGAUUUGUAUUUUGUAAAGGCAAUAAGGCACCUUCUUUAGUUUUUCUUUUGUUUCAUGCCAAAGGAAUACAUUUUUUAAAUUAUUUUUGUUCCAAUAUUUUUAUUUUUAUUGAUCAUUUUCUCUAAGGUUGGACACAUGGACUGAUCAGGAGUGUGCAAGUGCUGAAAUAAUGACUGACUUUUCCUGGCUUGAUCUUUAUUCCGGGAUUUAACAGUUAAAUGCUUUCUAUGGUUUAAUUUCCAAGAGCUAUGGAAUUUCCCUUGAAAGUUCACGUUUUAACUGCGUUUAUUUCUUGUAUUAAGGUCUUUGCUCAGGUGGUUCAGGCUGGGAAGCAUCCAGGCCUGCAGGUGUUAGCCACAGCUUCACAUUACUGGCCUCUUGAUGCUGUGGACGGGAUCCAUGAACUGUGGGACCAGAUUGGAAACAGACCAGGUUAUGUUAACGGCAGUAACAUAAAUAUUGUUGAAGGAAUGGUCAACAAGGGCAUCUUUCUGAAUGGAGAUAACGGUGGUACCUUUCUCCACUUUGGAAGCUACCAGAACUCUUGCAUUAGUGACCCCACUUUGUGUGGUCCUGAGGGGAUUACCUUCUCCUUUUUUUGGAAAAACCACGAGCAAGAGUCUCGUUUUGCUGUGGCCUCUGGAGGGAAAGUUAUCUCCAAUGGUUUCUCAGUCUACACCAAUCCCUUUGGAGGAUAUGUGGAGUUUUACACUCGAGGAAACCAUCACAGAUGGAAGGCCAACAUCAGAGUUCCAGGGCCUUACUGGACCCAUAUUCUUUUUACCUGGACAAAAAAUGCUGGUCUGAUGGUCUACAUCAACGGGACUUUCACCACGAGUGACACAGAUGGAAGUGUGUCAGAGAACUAUGGUGACCCUUACCCUGACCUGGUCAUAGGAACAGGAAACGACAGAGCAUACGGUCACUAUGUCACAGGAGCUUUCGAUGAGUUUGUCAUCUGGGAAAGGGCUCUUUCACCUCAUGACAUCUUACUCUACUACAGUGCAGCCAUGGGUCAGGCCAUGGUAUCUGCCACAACACCCAGAGUCUCCAAAGAGGUCACUUCAACUACACCAGCAUCUAGAGCGACUGAGGUGAGCCCCCCUGUCGACAGCAGUCAGCAGGUGGAGGGUCAAAGCUCUCAGGACUCACAGGCCAUGCCAGGGCUGUGCUUCCCGAAGGGGAUGCCAAAUAGGACCAUUCCUCACAACACUGCCAACAACCUCACACAGGCUUUUCUCAAAAGUGUGGAAGAAGUGCUCUCCUCUCCAGUGGUGCCAGAGCAGUCCAUCCCUGUGGUCAGCGGUCUGAUUGAAACUGUGGACAGAGUGAUGGAACAUAUGGUGACUAACCUGGAGCCCACCCCGAACUCUCUCAUCUCCCUUGGUGGAACAUCUUUUGUUGCUGAUUACUCUCUGAUGAAAUUCCCACAGAACUACAACCUUCCACAUUACCGCUUCCCUGAACUGGGGAAGAGCUACAUCUCCGUACCUGGAGAAGCUUUCACCAUGCAGUCUCAAACCACCAUCGUUGGCCUUUUCUACCACAACAUGCACAGCUACUACAAAGAGAUCAGCCCUGCUAGGACCAGGAUAAAUGAAGCAGCUGAUUUCAAAGAUCACAAAAUCCAAGUAGCAAGUUUUCUAAUCUCUCUGAAAGUGGAGCCUUCACCGGCCCUGUCAGUCAACCUCUCUGGAGCUCCACUCAUCAAGAUUGUCCUCACCCACGUCCUGAAUAAAGAACAGCAGGAACAAGUACUAAACCAGAGCAAUAAAGUCUUCCUUUACUGUGCCUUCUUGGACUACAGUUCAAAUGAGGGCGUGUGGUCCAACCAAGGUUGUGUACGUUCAGGUGGAAACGCGUCGUACUCUGUGUGUUUGUGCAACCACCUCACCAACUUUGCCAUUCUCAUGCAAGUGGUGCCCUUAAAGCUCACUACUGGCCACAGGGUGGCACUGUCAACCAUUGGUUAUGUUGGCUGCUCUAUAUCCAUUGUCUGUCUUGCCAUUACUCUGGUCACUUUUGCAGUUUUGUCGUCAGUGAGUACAAUCCGCAACCAACGCUACCACAUCCACGCCAACCUGUCCUUCGCCAUCCUGGUGGCUGAGAUCUUACUGCUCAUCAGCGCCCGCUUCGACCCUGGCACGCUGCCGUGUAAGAUAAUGGCCGGCCUGCUUCACUUCUUCUUUCUGAGUGCCUUCGCCUGGAUGCUGGUGGAGGGCCUCCACCUCUACAGUAUGGUGGUCAAGGUGUUCGGCUCUGAAGGCAGCAAACACUUCUACUACUACGGCAUAGGCUGGGGCUCUCCAUUGGUAAUAUGUGCGGUGUCCAUGACAUCAGCUCUGGAUAGCUACGGCGAGGUUGACAACUGCUGGCUGUCGCUGAAGAACGGAGCCAUCUGGGCCUUUGUGGCACCGGCUCUGUUUGUCAUCGUGGUGAAUAUUGGCAUUCUGGUAUCUGUGACCAGGAUUAUAUCUCGAAUCAGUGGAGAGAGUUACAAAGUUCACGGAGAUGCCAAUGCAGUCAAGCUGACUAUAAAGGCAGUGGCAGUGCUCCUGCCUAUACUCGGUAUAUCCUGGAUCUUUGGCGUUCUCGCUGUCAACAAACACUCUUUACCAUUCCUGUACAUUUUUGCUGUAUUCAACUCAUUACAAGGGUUCUUUGUCUUCUUGUUUCACUGUCUGCUCAACUCUGAGGUCAGAGCUGCUUUCAAACACAAGACCAAGGUGUGGUCUCUUACCAGCAGCUCCAUCCGAAACAUCAAUGUGAAACCGUUCAACUCUGACAUUAUGAAUGGAAACAAGGAGGGUGUGACUCCAACCAAGAUGAACACAUGGGACAAAAGCACCAACUCAGCCAAUAGAAUCGACCUCUCUGCCGUGUAGAAAAACAGAAUCGCACUCGCUUUCUGUCCGUGACAGGAGAGAAAUCUUUUAGUGUAGACUGACAAACACUGGCCAGAAUAUUCUCCCACUAUGUUAUGUAAAGAUUUGGACACUCAUCCGCUCGAGUGAACAUGAUACCAAAGGAGGUGUGUGGCUAAAUAAUCACUUCACCUUUUAAGACAAACAGACUCUGAGGACUGUGCCUUGUAUUGUCUUGGAAAAAAACACACUGUUCCCAAAAUCAAGAUUAGGGAUUUCUUUGGAGGUCACCAGACUUACUUAGAGAUCCUUGAGGAUAGCAUACACCAUCCACCUUUGACAUUUUUGUUGAUUUACGAACUGGCAAGAAUAUAUUAAACAGAACAGUUUAAGAUUUGGGGGAAGAGGAGUAAUUUGCUGUCUUGCAAAGAGUUAGAUAAAAAACAAUUACAACCAUUGCUAAGUGUGUUUCAAACAUUAGGUUACUGUGGCUGCCAUGACUUGGUUAUAGCUUAGCUUAGCACAAAGAUUUGAAUUCGAGGCAACAGCUAGCCUGCUACUGUUUCAUGGUCAUUUGCUUGUUUUUGAAUAACUAGCCAUGUUAAUUUAAGGCUGAUCAUUUUUCAGAUCUAGCCAAGCUAUCUCCUUCUAAUAACUUGCUAAGCUAUAUCUUCUGGCAAAACAAACCCAAAACAGUUAUUUAAACUAGG